AGUCAACGUUUCACAGUCCUAGAAAAAACAUCACCAGCAAAGAACACGAGAACAAGAGAAAAAUAUACAAAGCAAACGAAAUGUCGUCUGUAAUGCAUUACUAUCCCAUGCAUCAAUCAUCCAAAGUGACAACAGGAGUUUAUCCAACACCAGUUGUUGGCUACAAUAAUGUGAUGUAUCCACACAAUCAACAGAUCUAUCCAACUGCAAUGGACCAAUCCUAUGCCAGCAGCAAUAGCCUCUCAAAUGAUGUAGAAAUGCAACGUGUAUCUUCGGAUGAAAGUAUACCACAAUCGGAACCGCCACGUACCAAAAUAAAACGAUCGCGUACAGCCUUUACCAGCUCCCAACUGGUGCAAUUGGAAAGUGAAUUUAAACGCAACAUGUAUCUCUAUCGUACGAGACGUAUUGAGAUAGCCCAGCGUUUAUCCUUAUGUGAGAGACAAGUUAAAAUCUGGUUUCAAAAUCGUCGCAUGAAACACAAAAAGGAUAUUCAAGGACCCCAGGAAACAAAGAGUGCUGCCAAAACAUCUCAACCCCAUAGCGAGCAGAAUGAACACAAGGGUAUUGUACAACGUCUAAUGUCCUAUUCUCAAGAUCCCAAUUUGCAACAGGCUGAAAAACGCUCAUACAGUACUGCAUUCCCUGCCAACAAUGCCUCCCUGCCGACUUCAAAGAGCAAAGAAGUGCAACCUCUGCCAACAAACGUAAUAAGCACACCCCAAAUUCCACAGCCAUCAUUUACACCUGAUAUAAAUGAAAUACUCGAUCAUUUAUCCGAAAGUUCGCCCAGUAGCAGUAGUCAAAACUCCUCAUCCUCGUCCCUGAAUACAUCAGCUUCGUCCUACAAUUUGGAUAUGGUCCUACAAUCGAUUAAACAAGAUUUAGAAAUGUCUGCUCAGGCUUGGUCUCGUAACCCUCAACAUGGUCAGCAAUAUCCGAGUGUACCAAAUGCUGCUCCAACACCCAUACCCUCAAUGAAUGUUAGCUGGGGUGAACCUUCUGCAAAAUCAAUGAAAAUCAAUCGCAGUCAUUUGAAUCCCUCGACUAUGUACUACAGCUAUCAAAAUCCAUCCCAAUAGGUGGAAGAUUUUAUUGCUCCUUGUUUUAGUUCAUAGAAAAUAGUUGAUAUUAAUUUAAAAACGUCAUUUCAUAUUGACGAUAAUCAUGAAUGCCCCUCUCCACUCUUCUCAUAUGUGACUUCGUCUUUAAAAGCAGUUCUAGUCGUAAGUCCUCUAAUUUUAAGUUUAUUUUUUCUUAAUUUUAAACAUAUAAUUUUAAAUUAUAUUUUGUAAUGUUGUGCAUGUACCUCUCUGUCAAUAGCAAGUGUGUUUAAAUAUGUAUUCUAAGUUGUAGAAGUUGAUGAUAAUAAAUUUUGGAAAAUUAA